UCUGUAACUGAGAACAAACAGAGAUUCUCUGUAAACAAACAGUCCCCAUGAUACGACCCUACCACAGACAGAGAUUCUCUGUAAACAAACAGUCCCCAUGAUACGACACUACCACAGACAGAUUCUCAGUAAACAAACAGUCCCCAUGAUACGACACUACCACAGACAGAGGUUGUCUGUAAACAAACAGGCCCCAUGAUACAACACUACCCCUACCACUGUAUGUUUUCUUCACAGGUUGGGUACGACACUGCCCCUACCACUGUAUGUUUUCUUCACAGGUUGGGUACGACACUGCCCCUACCACUGUAUGUUUUCCUCACAGGUUGGGAUGCCCAGUUAUUAAAAGCUGGGUUUCUAGCGAUAUUUUUUUUAUGAACAGGUUGGGAAUCUCAGUUAUUAGAGACGGGAUUUCUAGCGAUAUUUUUAUGUCCUGUGUGGAAUUUAUCAUCUGUACCACGACACACUCCAACGUCUAGUGUUACCAUAUAUGGUUAUAGAUGGCUCAUCUUUCGUAUCAUGUUAGGAGCUGGUUUAAUAAAGAUUCGAGGUGAUCAAUGUUGGAGAGAUUUAACCUGUAUGAAUUACCAUUAUGAAACGCAGCCCAUUCCAAAUCCAAUGAGUUAUUAUAUGCACCAAUCACCAGAGUUCUUUCAUAAAUUUGAAACGUUAUCCAAUCAUUUUAUAGAGCUUAUUGUUCCGUUUACCUUAUUUUUAACGCGUAGAAUUGUGAUGAUAGGUGGUAGUUUACAGAUUCUAUUUCAGGUAGUUUUAAUAAUCAGUGGUAAUUUAAGUUUUUUAAACUGGUUAACGAUUUUACCAAGUUUAGCUUGUUUUGAUGAUCAGAGUUUAUCGUGGAUGUUCUCUAACGGUAAAGACUCAGUCAAACAUCAGGUUGUUAAUAUAGAAAUGACAAGAAGAGUAAAGAAACCACAACCUAAUGUUGGUAAUUAUAUGCGAAAUGUGUUUAAUAUUAGUCUAGGUAUAUUAAUAGUAUAUUUAAGUAUACCGGUCGUACAGAAUCUUUUCUCAUCACGACAAGCUAUGAACUCAUCGUUCGAUCCUUUACGACUUGUUAAUACAUAUGGUGCUUUUGGCAGUGUUACUAAGAAACGAACAGAGGUAAUAUUUCAGGGCACUAUGUCCAAGGAUCCUAUGUCUCCGUCUGCCAUCUGGGAGGAAUAUGAGUUUAAAUGUAAACCAGGUAACGUGACACGGACACCAUGUGUAAUAUCACCGUAUCAUUAUAGGCUUGACUGGCUACUCUGGUUUGUUCCAUUUCAUAAAUCAUUUGAGUAUAAUCCAUGGAUAGUUCAUCUUGUUGUUAAACUACUAGCUAAUGAUGAAGAUACCUUAUCUUUAAUACAAUAUAAUCCUUUUAUACAUCAACCUCCCAGGUUCAUACGAAUAGAAAAUUAUCGUUACAUAUUCACAAAGAUUGGUAGUCCUGAAGCCAAAUCUGGAGCCUGGUGGAAACGUAAACAUACAGGGAGCUAUCUACAGCCGUUAUCAUUCGAGUCUGUUCGAGAUUUUAUGAAAAAUAUGCAGUGGGAAAUGCCUAAAGUUGGUAAAAAUAAGAAAACAGGAAAGAUUUAGAUAUUGUUGUUAAACAUACACUAUGCAAGAGCUAAAUCUGCCUAUUGCAGGGCCCUUAUUCACGAAAAAUUAAACUAAGUUACAACCGAAAUUUUAAGAAAUACUGCAACUUCAUUGGAUAUAUGCAAAUUGAUUUUACUGGUCAGCCAAUCGAAUUGCAGUAUUUCUUAAAAUUUCGAUUGUAUCAUAGUUUAAGUUUUCGUGAAUAAGGGCCCAGGUCAUUCUUUAGGCCUGAAAUGUUCUAGACAUUUAUUAACAAAGCAAGACCAUAAUCGACUCUCGAUGGCAUCGGAUACUUGAGAUUUUAACUAGAUUAAAAUGGUUCUCCAUUUAUAAAUUUAAUUUAAAAAUGGGAAAGCGAGGCUGAGUCCUGAUUAUACCAGUGCCCUGGUUACCACUGUGCACACAUCAUGUCAAAACUACAAACAGUGAUAACUUGGCUGAGAAUGAAGUAAUCUGAAUGAAAUUUUCAUAAUUUUCUUUUUUCAUCAUCUAAUUUUGAAUUAUUAUAGCAAGAAUGGCCAACUCUUUAUUAAACUCUUAACUAAUGUAUCUUUAAUAAAACAUAAAAUGUACUGAUCUGAAUUCAUAAAUAUCAUAUUUUAAAUAAAUUUAGUAUUAUCCCAUAAAAUUAUUUUUUAUUUAUGGUAAAGCAUAGAUCUUGUUUAAUAAUAUUUAUAUUUAAUAUGAUCGCAUAUACAAUUAUCUAUUACAUUUAUUUAUUUAUGUUUGUAUUCAUUAUCCAUCUGGGGAUCACGUGGCUAAGUGGGUAAGACGCUAGCUCGCUAGCCUGGAGGUCGGGUGUUCGAUCCCUGCAUUGGCCGAGAAAGUUCAUCCAGAUUUUCCGGCGUGGUUCCCCCUUGUCAGUGAUGCAGGACGGAGGGCCUGACAAGGAUAGCUGUCUAGUCCUUCGGAUGAGACGAAAAACCGAGGUCCCGUGUAUACAUUGGAAUGCACGUAAAAGAUCCCUUGGCAGUUGGAAUUCGAUAUAAGAGUAGGCCGUAGUGCCGCUGUCCGGGCAAAAUUUCCUUCAUAGCACACUGUAUGGCGUAUGCCCGUCUUCAUUAGCCCAGGUUAGGAGCAGAACAGUAGGACGUUAAACUCCAUUUCAUUUCAUUACAUUUCUUUAUCCAUCUAAUGAUUGAAAUGAUAAAUGUCAGGAGAAGUAAACAACAGCUCCCCUAAAAUUUAAGAUGAGACAGGAAUUCGUUCUUCUAGAAAAAGUUGCACAUAUCUGUCGUCUUGUAUUACUCAAAACCUUGGCUGUAUGAAUGUUUUAUGACAAGGUUGUUCAAUGUUAAUACGUUUCUUAAUUAAAUCCAUGCAAACAGAGCUAUUUUAUAACAUUAGGUGCUUAAUAAAAAACUUUCCCUAAGUUUAAUUUCAGGUGAGCCCUGGUUUCAAUUACUGUGCAUGUUGGUUAUAAAUGGGAUUAUUGUUGUUUAUUUUGCUCAAUUAUCUACAGUGAUAAACAAACAAACAUGACCG